AUGGCGCGAGAAGCACACCAGCUACGCGACAGCCUCCUCGCGGAUCAUGGGCCGAUGCUGCGCGGCCUGCUGUCGCGGCCGUCCAAGAGCAGCUGCGAGAAGAUGCGUCUCUUCCGCGAGCGCGUCGCCGGCGCGCUCUCCACGCUCGAGGCGGCGGAAGAGAGCCUUCCCGCGCUGGCCGAGCUGCAGCAGCUGCGCGAGUUCCUCGACGACCUCGCGCGGAAAAACGAGGCCGCCAAGCAAAAGGCGGCGGCCGCCAAGGCCGCCGCCAACCACCAGUACGCUCCUCCGCCGGCGGCCACCAGCAGCAGCGAGGCUCCGCUGCCCACCGGCGGGAAGCAGAGCCGGGCCGAGGAGGAGAAUGCCUCCGGCGCGGCGGGCGCGAGUAGCAUGCUCUCCAUCCUGACUAAGCGCCCGCGCGCCGGCAGCGCCGAGGAGGAGGUGGCCAGCUCGCUGGCAAGCGUCAUGUACGUACAUGGCGACGCGCGCGAGCCGUCGGCGGGGGCAGUGGAGGAGCUGCUCUCGCACGUCGCGGCGUGGCUCUCGCGCGUCCUUCCACUGGUGCGGCGGCCCGAGGGCGGCAUCGCCUUCGAGCGGCUGGUCGAGCUCUUCCCGCUCGAGGCGGCGAGGCACGCGUCGCUGCUCGCGGCGGCGCGCAAGCAGGCGAGCGCGGAUGCGGAGUCGGACCCGUCGAGCAGCCACGCGCUGCUGGGCGACGAGGUGGAGGAGCGCGAGGCGAGCGACGACGCCGGCGCGGAGCCGGAGGCCGCGGACGAGGCGGCAGGGGCGGGCGGCGAGGCGGUGGCGGCCGUCGCGGGCUCGAACGAGUCGGAGCGGCGGCGCUUUGCCGACGAGCGGACGGGGCGGAUGGACCUGGCCGAGUACGACAAGUACCACGCCCGCCGGCGCGCCUCCGGCCUCGGCACCGGCGCCUUCCAGCGCUGGUGCUGCGGCCGGUGGGGCCUCGGCGGCGGAGGGGGCAGAGUGAGCAAGGCCUUCUCGCUGCUGGGCUGGCUGGCGAGGAUGCGCGCGGCGGAGGUGGUGGAGGAGGCGAAUCGCGCGGCGCACGGCGGCGCGCUGACUGAGGUGGGCGAGGGCGCGCCGCUCUCGCGCGAGCGGUACGCCGCAGCGGCGCGCGCAGCGUCAGAGCUGGGCGUGGGGAGGGACGACAACCCGAGCGGGGCCGCGGCGCGGUCGGCGGUCAGGGUGGGCGAGGAUGAUGGAGGAGCUCAAGGAGGGCCGCGCCCGUUGUGA